UGCUGCUAAACGUUGUUGUUUUUUAAUUAGGCUAAGGACCUAAUUGUGUAACACUUUUUGUAUAAAUUGUAGAACCAAGUAGUACACUUUCUAGAUAUUCUCUGCUUCUACAAUGGCUUCAUCUUACGCAUCAUUCUUAUCUAUCUCCAAUGGUUUCGUUGCAUGCCCACCUCCAAAUUCUUCGGUUUUUCUCGUCCCUUCGUUGAAACUCACCGCGACGACAUCAUAUUCUCGGAAUCUGAGAAAUGGGGUUUCCCUGAAAUCUUCGAAUAAUCAUGGGUUUCUAGUCAAAUCAAGAAAUUUCCCUAGUGUUUAUGCAAGAGCUGCUGCAGAGAAGAGUGUUCACGAUUUCACUGUAAAGGACAUAGAUGGGAAAGAUGUAUCUCUGGACAAAUUCAAAGGCAAACCUCUUCUGAUCGUUAACGUCGCUUCAAGAUGUGGUUUGACAUCAUCAAAUUACUCAGAGCUUUCACAUCUGUACGAAAAGUACAAGAACCAAGGUAAGCUUUUUACAGUUAAGGUCUUUUAUAUAUGUUAUCCCCACUUGCCAAUCUACAAGUUCUUGAAAUCUAGUGCUGGUGGAUUCCUUGGUGAUAUCAUCAAAUGGAACUUUGAGAAAUUCUUAGUUGAUAAAAAGGGCAAAGUCGUCGAGAGGUACCCUCCUACGACUUCUCCUUUCCAAAUCGAGAAGGACAUCAAGAAGUUGCUUGCGGCUUAAAUCUACGGUUCACCUGUUAUAGUAACAUAGAGAAAGUGAUUGGUAGCUUAAUAACCGGAAAGUGGUACACUACUCAAAUUUCCCGGUUAUUGUUGUUAUACCAGAAAUUUAGAUAAACAUGUAAAGCAAUAUCGAUCUUCUUAUGUUACAUUAUACGAUCGCAUAAAUAAAAUGUUCAGUAACCAUAUUGUAUAUAAACAACACACCAAUGCCUUUAGGCUUCGGACUUCA